AUGGUGUUUGGAAAGGCAAGUCAUUUGCCGGUUGAGCUUGAGCAUAAGGCAUUUAUGGCCUUGCAAAUGCUGAAUUUGAAUUAUGAUUCGGCAACUAACAAGAGGAUGCUUGAGUUGAAUAUCAUGGAUGAGUUUAGGCUAAAUGAUUAUGAGAGUGUUGAUCUCUACAAGGAGCGGGCAAAGAAGAUUCAUGAUGUAACCAUCAAACCUCGUCGAUUCCAUGAAGGACAUUUGGUCCUAUUGUACAAUUCUCGGUUGAAGGUUUUCCCAGGAAAACUCAAGUCAAGAUGGUGGGGUCUGUUUGUUGUGCACAAGGUGUAUCAUUAUGGUGCAGUGGAUAUUCGUGAUCCUAAGUCCAAUGAUGUAUGGAAGGUGAAUGGUCAGAGGUUGAAGGUCUAUCUAGGCGGUGAUCUGUUGAAGGAGCAAAGGGAGGCGGUCGCACUACAAGAUUCGCAAGUGUAG